CAGCAGAGCGGUGUGUCUCAGAUGAUGGUGGUUCCUGGGAGCGCCCCGCUCAUCCAGCAGGACCGUGCUCUGGAGCCUGACGUGGGGCGAGGGCCGACACAGAGCUCCGCUAUGGGCCCCGGCACCGAGCCUGCGCCCGGCGAGGUGGGCCCGGAGCUGGAGGAGGUUCGGAAGCUGCAGGAGCUGGUGAGGAGGUUGGAGAUCCAGAACCAGCACCUGAGGACGAGGAGUCGCAGGAGCGUGCUUGGCACAGCUCUGCAGGGAGAGAUGAGAAGCGGCGUGGAUAACCACGACUCUGGGCUCAACGGGAUGGAAAUUAACAACAGCAUCAACGCGAUGGCGGAGAAGCAGGAAUUGCAAAUCAUGGCGGAUCUGCACAGCAAACUGAGCAAAAUCCGAAGGGAGGAGGGAGAGAACAACUGCUUCAAAAGAGACAUGGGUGCCCAAACGCAGUACGGCUGCCUCAGUGCUCCUGAGGAGCUGCCAUCUGACAUGUGUAAGGUGGAGGUGAAGACUGAUGAUAACGUGAGGUGUUUGUCGCGUGUGGAUAGCGGUGGUAGCACGGAGCUGAUGGGGAACCUGCUCAUUGCAGGUAACGAGUCCACGGUUACAAUAAACCAACCAAAUCCCAGCGAAAAAGGUGGAGAUCUAGCAGGAAUUUUGAAUAACAGCGCUCUGGAUGAAGUGAAAGUGCUGGAACUUGAGAACUGCAAUGAAGAAGAAGACAGCUGGCUGUACGUGUCCCCAAGGAAAUCUGCUGUCAGUCACAAGACAGGCUCUCCUUUGCAGUGGUGCCGGCAGGUGCUGGACAAUCCCAGCCCUGAGACUGAAGCCGCCUGCCGGACUCUUAUCAGCAGGCUGGACCAAGCCAGUAGAUGGAAAAACCUGUAUUGCAGUCCCCUGGCCUCACCAAGUGCACAUAACUUGAAUACAGAGACAGGCUCCUGUAGCAAUGCACUAAACUCUCCUGGGCAUCUCAAAUCGACUAACAAAGCACUACUAACCUGUGGCAGCUCAGGUUAUUUAAGCAUGCAUUCCGCACUGAGCUCACAGUCAUCUGUGGACAGCGAGCUGAGCACAUCUGACGACUCCAUCUCGAUGGGAUAUAAGCUGCAGGACUUGACUGACGUCCAGGUUAUGGCACGCCUUCAGGAAGAAAGUCUCCGCCAGGACUGCGCCUCCAGCUCAGCAUCCGUGUCGCGUCGCAGCUCCAGUGCCUCCCUGCACUCCCUGCGCAGGGGUACCUACAGCGACCAGGAGUUCGACACGUACAGCCUGGAGGACGAGGAUGAUUACGACUGUUCCCUGUCGUACCGCAGUGCUCACAGAUACUCGCCGUCUCCGCUCAGCUCCCCCAGAUGUCAGUCCCCUUCUUCCAGUGCAGACUAUAGCAGGGCCUCUGCUUCUCGUAUCCGUCCCCCACGGAGAUCUGUGCAAAGCCCAAUGCAAGACCGGCUGAAAUAUGCCAGCAGUGAAGAGGAGAUGCGGCACAGCAUGCCCAACCUGGCCAGAACCAGCCUUCGAGCUUUGGAGUCUGUGAGAAGCAGUCGGAGUUUGGAGUCAGAUCUGCAGGUGCCCAGCACUCGGCUUUCAAGAAUUCAGCAACCAUCAGCAAGUCUGGCUCCCAGUAAGCUCAGGUAUUCCUCCGGUGCUGGGCAGUCUCCCCUCACAGUGCGACAACCGAUGAAAGCUGGGUCAUGCACAAACUCUCUGUUAACAGCCAGGCAGCCGGUGAAGGCCUGCAGCUACACAGCUCCCGUUAGCGGAGUUCGAAAGCCACAAGCUUCUUCCCUUAGCACAGGCCCUUCUGGAGGCAGCUCCAAUACUAGAAGCAUGGUCACCAUGGCAAAAAGUUCACCCAUAAAACCACGCACAUCUGUUGGAGGAACUUCAGUGCCCAGGAGCAAGCUGACGCCGCCGUCCAAGAGCAGAUUUCUUCAAUCAGCAAAAACCACGCCAAACACUGUGGACGAUUCCUGGAAGGACGGGUGUUACUGACACAACCCAAAAGGCCGAUGCACUGCCAAACACCUGUGUGAAGCAGAACCCCAGCUGGCUGGGCUUGAGAACAUUACUUUAAAAUGAUCUUCUAUUUGAGAGAUCCAUCGCAUUGGGACCGAUGUAUAUAGCUCCUCUCCUCUUGAAUGCAAACUAUCCUUUGCCUUCCACCACUCUGGCACGAGCCUGUCCUCUGAGCAGUAGAACAGACAACUGCUGUACUGCGUUCCCACUGUUCGACACGUGACUGAAAUGAGUCUUCAUACGAAGACUGAAAAGAGCCUUAUUUCGUAGUAACCUCUGUUUGCAGCCCUUUGGAAGGCCCGUCACAUAAAACAACCUCUUAGGACCUGCUCCUCAGGAUCCUCACUUAACAAGGCUGCCGGGUGUCCUGCCUGGGCCACAGAGCAGCUUCCAGCAGCCGCUAGGGCAUGUUUGACAGCAGUGGCAGGGGGAGACUAGAAAUAGCUGUAUAGGUGUUAGAAAUAAGACUUUUUAACUUCCAACCUGGUGAACUCCCAACCUUUUUUUUUUUCUUUUUUUUUUAACUUCUGUAUAGAAUGUAUUUCUGCUGAUUUUUAUUGUGUGUUCUAGGAGACAAAGCAGGUUUUUAUAACUGUAGCCUACUUCGAGCUGGUGUAUUCGAGCGCGUCCGUCACAGUUCAGGAGCGAAGGAGCAGUACACAAUAUUUGUGUGGGUUUGCAAACAGUUGCAGGGACAGGGGAUGCUCUUUGGAAAGUGCUGUUUGUCACCAUCUUCACAGCUCGGAGGAAGCUAUUGGACACCAGAUACAGGUAAACUCAUUACAGAAUAGCUCCCCUGCCUGAUUUGACUUGAAGCGUUUCCCUUAGGUCUUUUCAGCCAGCCCUUAACUGCCCUCCUUUUUGUAGAAGACUUUUUCUACCGUCUCUUUGGCUAUGAAGGAUCCUGUUUCAACGUCCUUUUCCUCAGCAAGUGCUGCAGGCUCUGAAUUCCGUCUUAGUACACAAAACAUGCACUGAUAGCAACAUUCUCCCUGCCAUCAAUGUGAUUUUGAUAGUGUAGUUUAAUAAAAUGUUAUGGUGCUGAAAUAGAUCUGCCUUACUCUAAUAGUGAGCCUCCGUGAGUGUUUUUGUGCCAGGAAUGAGGCUGCUUCCAUCUUUCAAGAGACUUCCAUUGGAGACCUGCUUACAUAGGCAGAGCUUUGUGAUGCAAGUAUUGUUAAUUUACCUUUCAGCUCCUUGCAUUUCAUAAGAAUGAGGUAGUUUUAGCAAAGGAAAACAAGCCACAGUGUUCAGUUCAUGUCUUUUAUAGAACAGCCAGAAGGGGCCUCAGCAAAACAAAGUCUGUGAAGCAAUACUUGCAACUUGGAAGCCACUCAGGCUCUGCAGUGACCUCUUUGCAUUGUUUGCUUUAAAAAAAGUCGGCUGUAUUAAAUUAAUGAGCUCCAGACUAGCUCUCAUGUAUGUGUUCCAUUACUGAACAGUCGGUGCACCUAGAAGAUAACGCUGGCACUGAACUGACUGCACUAUAAGCUGGCUUUUCUGUGUAAGGGGAUGAGAGAACAGUCGCACAGGAACAGCUUUUGACAGGUGUGUAAACGUCAAGAGCACAGUUAUUACCUCUUGGAAGAGAUACCUGGAAGUUAAUGAGAACUGGAGUAGCAGCAGUUCUCUUUUUUGUUACACUAUUAGUUGAAUAUUUAGUUUUCCUGAAGCUGAAAUUACCCCCUUUCACUUUACAACAACUGCUCAACCCUGUAGAAAAACAACAACAGAUCCCUUUCUAAGUCUUGAAAGUCACUAGCGCUGUCUUAAAGCUUUACCUUCAUGCAGUAGGUUCUUAAAUGCUUCUGCCUGGUGGAAGAGCUGGAAACUCACUGUACUGAGCUCACCUUUCUGUGCCCUCGGACAGUAAAGAAGAGAUUAGCACCA